CCGUUUCCGGUCCCUUUAAAAAAAACGAAAAAUGCUGUUUCCGGUUUAGCUGGUCCGUCGGACAAAUUGCUCCGCAAGCAAAUGUAGGAGAAGAAGAAGGGCUAUGGAUGCUAUGAUUGAGGAAAAUGGUCCUCCGACCCAUGAGCAGCCCGAGGUGUCCCCGUCGUUCCAGGCCCGGCGGAAACUCGAGGGGCUGCUGAACAAAAACAUGAAGAUCCGCAUGACGGACGGACGGACUCUGGUGGGACUUUUCCUCUGCACGGACCGAGACUGCAACGUCAUCCUCGGGUCGGCGCAGGAGUUCCUCAAAUCCACGGACAUGUUCUCCCAGGGCGAACCCAGAGUCCUGGGCCUGGCCAUGAUCCCCGGUCACCAUGUGGUGUCCAUCGAGGUGGAGGCGGACAGCCUGGAGGACACGCAGGGAUUCAGACCUCGCCGUUGAUGACACGUCUUGGCGCGUCUCUCAGAGGGGCUGAUGUACCGAGGAGAGGGCACGUCUCGGUUAGAGGAUUUUAUCAGACCUCAACGGAUGCAGGACACCUGGGUCAACAUUCUGGAUUUAGCCAUUUCCACGUUUGCAGCAUCUGAAGCUCUACAAACACUUGUGUGCAAGUGUGCGUUAGAGCGAAUGAAUGUGUCUGAUAAUGUUGUUUCAGGGUGUUUUAAAAUAGUUUGAGACUUUGUUUGUAUGAAGUUUGUUUCAGCAGCUGUAUGCUUUCUUGAGUGCAGGUCUGUUUACAGGUGUUUGACUACUCGUACAACAACAACAACAACAACUACUGAAGAUUGAAAGUUUAAAGAUGAAAUACAAAACACAGGGUUUGGAGUUAGAGUGGAAUGAACAGCAUUGUGGGUAAUGUAGGCCCCAGUUUGACAUGUGUGGAAUAAAAAUGACAAUAUAAUCUAUAGUCAGUGAUACCAAUGGAGCGGCG